AUGAAAUCCCCAAAAAUUUUAAACCCCUCUUUAUUCUCCUACAUUCGUUUCGAUUUGUUCUCUAACAUCUCCUCUCCUUCGUCUCCACCCCUCACCCACCUCCACUACCUCCAAACCACACCGACUCUUCAAGACUGCACGACGACGAUGUCCCGAAGGAGAGGUUGUACUUCUAUCAGCAAUGACGUCCUCCAACCCUCUCUUCUCAUCACCACUCCCUCUGUCCCCACUCAGAUCCCACGCACCGCUGCCCCUAACCUUCUCCUUCAAAGAAAGCAACGCUCGAUCAUUCUUCCUCUACCGGUGGUCCCACCUCCAAAUCACCCGAGACUGAAAUUUUUGAGGACCGACUCUCGCAGGUACGUCUAUGUUAUCAGAUUGGAACAGGGAAGAAAUCCGAUGCACAGAAGAGCAAGAAGUCUGGGAAGAAAUCCGAUGGGAGUUCAGGAUUUAGGGAAAACAUGUACCUCCCACCGGUGA